AUGAUUAUUGAAUGCGUCAACGAUCUUCGACAGUUUAAUGUAUUUAUUUUCAAAAAAUUGGUCAACCUAGAGAAGAGCCCAAAAAAGCGGGACACCCUCAUCGAUGCCAUAUUCAAGAAAGCCUUCAAGGAAUUUCAUAUGGAAAUUAUUGGAUACGAAGCUGUGAUCAAUGAAGACAAAACAGUGCUAAAGUAUCGCGACCUCAUCACAAUUUUUGAAGGCUCAUUGACCAAAGUUUCAGCGCAGGAGCAGGUGACAUUCCCGACGACACUUGGUGUGAACGCAUUCCGUGGAUUUCUGAACGAGUUCAUGCAUGAGCAUGCAAAAAAUAAAAAAUCAUUGAAACGGUCUAGUGUUCUGCAGUCUGGGGGACGGUUUUUCGGCGCCAAUUUGAGCAGUUUGGUAGACGACCAGCGGACGAUUCCAAUCGUUAUCAACAAAUUGUUUAUGACUAUCGAGUUGAAGGCGCUUUUCGUUGAAGGCAUCUACCGGAAAAGCGCUGCAAUUGCCCAAGUGGAAGAAAGUUUUGAACGGAUACGGUGUCUGAGUGUAAUGGUGGAAUUGCUUCCGAAGUGCAAUAAGAGCGUCCUGGAUCGGCUUAUGUACCAUUUGGCUAGGGUUGCCCAUCAGGAGUCGGUGAAUAAGAUGGGUGCCGCGAAUUUGGCUCUUAUAUUUGCACCAUGUAUACUGCGCAGUAAUCAGGCUCAACACGCGCAGGAUCAGUUACGAGACGUCACUCGACAGGCCAUUUGCGUACAGGCACUUAUUGAAGAAAAACUACGGCAGUUCCGUUUAACGUUGACACAAAUCAUAGUUGAGAAUUUGCGACUGAUCGAAGAGCACAAAGUGUCAGCUGCACUUGAAACGCGACGGCCAGCUGCAAACUUCGAAACGGCGCGUCUCCUGUUUCUGGAACAAUUGAAUUUCUUAGAUAACGAAAAGGACAAAUUGAUCCAGGAUUUACCGCCACUGGCUCCAGUAGCAUCCUUGGAAGACCUGUCUUCGAUGGACGAGAACAGUAAUUCGUCACUGCUGCUGAGGCUGGAUAAAACACCCCAAGAGGAGUAUGCGCUGGAUUUCAGUGUUCCGCCUAUUUUCAAUAGGUUACGUAAUGUUGUCAGUACGCGAUCACGGGGACCGCGGAGACGCCCUCCAAGUCGGCAGUUCAGGCUAAAGCAGCACGAAAAGCAUUUCUCUGUGGUAUUCUCAUAG